ACAACGAAUGGCCUGUGUCAGCUAUAUAAUAAACCCCGAUUACCGAAUUUCCCGCAGUAGAGUUUUCUAUUUGAAAGAAUACAGACGUUCAAUUUGUGAUUAUAUUUAUCCUGUGAUUUUAAAAAUAAUUAGGAUCAACCACUUUACAUAAUCGGAAAAUAAACAAAGAUGUUGGACAACGAACUAUACCAGAAUCAAGUCAUGCAAAGAGGAGGUAGUGACAGUCUAGCGAUGCCAUUUGAUGGUGUCAGCUCAUCGCUUGCCAUGCCAGAAACACCAAAAGACGGUCUUGUCGUCAAGGUCGCAUAUACAGGGGCUUCUUAUUCAGAGGGUCAGAAGAGAAGAGGAUUCAGACCACAGUUUCCAGGUUCGGAAAUUGCUGGAUAUGUUCACGACAUUUCUAACACCGUUCCCAACUGUAACUUUACACCUGGCGAUAAAGUCAUCAUAUUCCCCGACGAGGAUAUCGGCAGCCAGGGAUACGUAGAAUAUAUUGCCAUCGACGACACACGAAAUGUUAUACAGAUACCUAAAGAAAUGUCUCUAGAAGUUGCCGCCAUGUUACCUGGCUCAGCACUUACUGCUUAUUCUGCUGUUUUAAAAGCUAAACCUCAUGUCGAAAAAAUCCAGCAGUUUAAACCUUGUGUAAACGUAUUAAUUGUGGGAGCUGGUGGCCUAGGGUUAUGGUGUAUUCAAUUGGCUCGUUACCUCAUAGAAAACGCUACUGGUAACCAUGUCAGACUAUUUAUGGCCGACAAUAGUAUCGAUAAAUUAUUGGUCGCUCAGGAUCAUGGGUGCUACGACAUUAUUCACUGGAACGAAGAGGAUCAUGAGCAGUAUAUCGUUGAACGAACACUCGAUGCUUGCCGAGGAGGAGUUGACGUCAUCAUCGAUUUUGUCAGUUCACCCAGAACUAUGCAGAGAGCUCUUAAAGUUUUAAACAGAAGGGGUGUUAUUUUGCAGGAAGGACUUAUUCUCGUGGGUGGAAACAACAUGGCUCAAGUAUCCAUCAGCUUAAACGCCUUGUCAGCCAAACAACAGAGCAUUGUGGGUAUUCCUAAAGGAAAUCUGAACCAAUUGUACGACCUUGUACAUGCAGUCCAAGAGAAAAAGUUAACACCUCCCAGUUACGCAGUGUUCCCAGUCGAAGAUGCUAGUCAAGUGUAUGAAGAUCUUCACGAAUGUCGUAUCACCGGGCAACCAAUCUUCCGUUUCGGCAGUAACAGUACGACCCUCGAUAACAACACCUGUUGACUUUAAUAUAGAUAGACAUAUCAAAAAAAAUGUUAACGUUAAAACUGAAAACGACCGAAUCUCAUUAGUAACUCCCGAGUGAUAACAAACAAACAAACUGUGAUGCAAUUUCCUGUCAAUGUGGACAAUCGCAACAAAGAUAUUUGCGGGAAAUAAAAUAUUUCGUCUUCGAACCAAUCAGGGGAGGAAGAGGACAGAGGUCUGGUGAUAAUUGUGUGACCAUGGUUACGGACGGCCAUCCUUGAUUACCAGGACCCGUAGUUUAAAGAAAGAAGUGACAUUAAGCUCUUUAUAAAUUUAGAUGUUAAAUUUAUAUAUAUUAUUGAGAUGAAAAUAAGGGCAAGAAUUAGAGGAGACAUUGCUUCAGUUUCAAGUCUAUUUUACAAAAAAAAAUGGGCAUUUAUUGUGUUUUGGUCAUAUUUUUUUUUUUUUUUUGUCACUAACACAGUACAAUAGCGAAAAAACCAAAAAAAAAACCUAAAGGGAAUAUUCAUUAGUAAAGGGCAUUUCUGUAUUAUUAAUCAAGAUAUUAUGAGAGCGAGAGACCUAUAUUAAUUUGAGAUGUUCCAAAUUAAGGAACCGAUACUGCAAAAGUGCUAAUACAAACGAAUAUUUAAAAUGGAUACUUUAGUGCUUUCAUACCAUCAGUAUAAAUUAAUCAGCUUUGACAAAUUCCGGUUGAAUUUUUUUUUUUGUCUGUGAUGUUUUGAAAAAAAAAUCUUAAUAUUUAUAUCAUUUCAUAUUGUAUAUAUAGCAUUUCAUGAUUCAUUUUCAUCCACCAUUUGAAAAAAAUCAUUUAACACAUUUGUUUCAAAAAUUGAAUUUAUUCAUAUAAUAUAUUUGUCUUGUGGUAGUCCCUAGACAAGGAUGCAGAUCUUUUUAUAGAAUUAUAAAUUAUGUGUCAAUUUUUUUCUUGAAAGAACUCAGGGGUUAUAGAAUUAUAAAUUAUGUAUCAAUUUCCUUUUCAAAGGACUCCAUGUUGAGGAUACUCAAGCGAGUUUGAAUGAAAAUAUUUGGGAUGUACUUUUGUGCAGAAACGCGAUUAGCCAACUGCGAUUUGAGAAAGACUCACAUGAACUUUGGUUUAGAAUUUCAAAACUUCUUGGGAUUCUUAAUUUCAAAACUUAAGCAACUGCGAUUUGAGAAAGACUUGUGAACUUUGGUUUAAAAUUUCAAAACUUUUUGUGAUUUUUAAUUUCAAAACUUUUAAAUUGACAAAUUUUUCCGAUUCAGGAUUUCAAAACUUUUAUUUGUUCCUUCUAUGCAGAAGUUGUGCCAAGAACAAUAACUCUUGUUUUAAAUGAAAAGGAAAUUGAUAUUAAGAAUGUAUAAAGAAGAACAAACGGGAUUUUUUUGUCUGUGACCAUAUAAGGAAUUGUUUUCGUCAUAAAAGCUUUAUUUUAUUUUUUAUUUAAAACUGAAUUGGAUAAUUAAAUAUUAACCAAAUCUGUAUGGCGGUGUUAAGAAAAACAACCUGAGGAUUGUUUGGUAUAUGACCAAAUAAGGAAAUGUUUUCGGCCAAAAAAGCUUUAUUGAAAACUGUGUUGAAUAAUUAAAUAUCAACCAAAUCUGAAGGUAUAUCAGCAUGACUACCAUAGAGACUAGGGUUGUGUUAAAGAAGAUAUUAUUUGUAUAUAUAUAAGUUAUGUUGUUUUUGUACAGAAAGUAUGAAAGUUUGAAUGAGUUGAAACUUGUUAAAUUUAAAACUAAUAAAAAUGAAAAAGAUAAUAAAAAAACCAUUAGAAAAUAUAAA